UAAUUUUUAUUUGUUGAUUAUUUUCAGAGAAAAAUUUUUCAGUACUUUAUUGAAAAAUAAAUAAAUGGAACAAUGAAGUAAUCGUGAAAAACAGAUGGUUCCGCAAUAUGCAGAAAUUUUUAGCAGAUGGAGUUCAAAGUUUUGAUCAAAGCAAUCAAAAUUGAAAGAGUUGCUUCCGGUUGAUGUUACAUCAUCAGUUCGAUAGAAUUUUCAUCAGAUCGGAAUUGAAGUGAAUAAAGAACAAACAAAGUAGAGAAGCAAGAGUGGAAGCACAUUUUUCGUGACUUUUCCUCUUCUUGCAGUCGGCAGCUACGUCAGAGUAUUGUACAAGUGAACUCGAGGGAGGGAAAGCGCAGCUUGCCGGCAGCGGUCCAUCAAGGGGAGGAGAAGGAUAGUGGAGGAGGGAUCAAACUAGAGAAGCUCUCGGGUCUUUUACGCGCGCGCUUGAGUGUCCGGCUCUGCGUCAGUGCGAUCUCUCACGGGCUAGCGAAAGCACCGUGGGAAUACUAGAGACAAAGUGUGUGAUAAAGCUCCGGAGUAUAUACGAGUGGGGUGAAUGAGAGGAAAGAGGGAGCAAAAGAUACACUGAAGCUUCAGUGACCAUACGAGUGAGCGGCAUUUAGCGUCGGUCAAGGCUAGGACAUCCGGGCUGAACGACUACAGAUGGAAGAAUGUUGACAGGUUUCAUUCAAAACAAGUGUGGACAUUUUAAAAUUCUAAAACAAUUAUAGAAAUCAACAUUCAACAAUUGAUUCAAGUGAUUUAUUAUUCCAGAAAUCGUCUUGUUUAAUUUUGGCCUGUGAAAAUAACCAACAAGACAUGCUGCUGACCGAUAAUCAGCUAGAAUGAACGUCAAGUGCAGUUUCGGAGAUAAUAAGUUUUACUUUAACGAUGUUGUAAAUGUCAGCUAAGUGAAUAUUUGACGAAGAAAAUUGUCAGGAGAUGAGAACGUAACAACGAUCAAAGACUCAAAAGGGAUAAAAGGAGUUAGAGGGAUCAUGUAGAAAGGAAGAGAAUAAAUGCUAGAGAUGUUGAAGAGUAAAGUGUCAAAGGUAUAAAGAGAAAGAAACAAAGUAAAAAGAAGAUAAGCUUUAAAUUGAGAAAAAAGUUUUGUGUGCUGAGACACCGGAGUACGCGUUGAGUAUCGAUGAUGGUGGACGGCACGUUGCCAAGACGUGAUUGGCCGCUGGUGCCGCGUGUACGGCUGUUCUUGUCGUGCUCGUACUCGAGGUCGUGUUUGUCCUCGUGAGUACUAGAAACUCAGAUUACUAAAGGAAGAGAAUGUCGAGAUAUGAAUUACGAAUUUUUAGCCGUCGUCGUCGUCGGCAUUGUUGUAAGACAGUCAACGAGGAAGACGAACAGAGACAUUUAGUGAAGCAUAAAAACGUGAUAAUAAAUCGAUCAAUGUGACUGUGAUCUAGAGAUGAAGUUAAUGCGUGCGCAUUGUCCGGCGAUUCUUGGCUGAAUAAAGCUCAGUGAUCGCUGGACCAUUUGAAGGCUACGAAGUUAAAACUUGAGGAGCGUUAUUCCACCAUCGAAUAUGGCCUCGGUGGCAGCUUGGCUGCCGUUCGCCCGAGCUGCUGCAAUUGGUUGGGUACCGAUCGCUACUCAUCCACUGCCACCGCCACCAAUUCCCAAAGAUCGGCGUAAAGCUGAUGAUGAGAAACUCUUGAUCAAUGUCAGUGGACGGCGUUUUGAAACCUGGCGCAAUACCCUCGAGAAGUAUCCCGACACUCUCCUCGGCUCUAAUGAACGUGAGUUUUUCUAUGAUGAGGACAGCAAGGAGUACUUUUUCGAUCGGGAUCCUGAUAUAUUCCGUCACAUACUCAAUUACUACAGAACGGGAAAGCUGCAUUACCCGAAGCAUGAGUGCCUCACGAGUUAUGAUGAAGAGCUUGCUUUCUUCGGCAUCCUACCAGAUGUCAUUGGAGAUUGCUGCUAUGAGGAUUACCGAGAUAGAAAACGCGAAAAUGCUGAAAGACUUAUGGAUGAUAAAUUAAGUGAAAAUGGUGAUCAAAAUCUCCAACAGCUUACAGAUAUCAGGCAGAAGAUGUGGAGAGCUUUCCAAAAUCCUCACAUCUCUACUGCAGCUCUUGUCUUUUAUUAUGUCACAGGGUUCUUUAUCGCUGUCAGCGUGUUGGCGAACGUUGUUGAGACUGUACCUUGUGGUGCACGUCCUGGUAGAGCUGGAACAUUAUCCUGUGGUGAAAGAUAUAAAAUUGUUUUCUUUUGUCUUGACACUGCAUGUGUCAUGAUCUUUACCGCUGAGUAUCUCUUGAGGUUGUUUGCUGCUCCAAGUAGAUGCAAGUUUGCCAGAUCUGUCAUGUCGAUCAUUGACGUCGUGGCUAUUCUCCCGUAUUAUAUUGGCCUUGGCCUCACCGACAACGACGACGUCUCCGGAGCCUUUGUUACCCUCAGGGUCUUCCGUGUGUUCCGUAUCUUCAAGUUCUCACGUCAUUCCCAGGGUCUUCGAAUUCUUGGGUAUACACUCAAGUCAUGCGCAUCUGAACUUGGGUUUCUUGUGUUUUCCCUCGCCAUGGCCAUCAUCAUCUUUGCCACCGUCAUGUUCUAUGCAGAGAAAAACGUCGAGGGAACCAACUUUACUUCCAUUCCUGCCGCAUUCUGGUAUACUAUCGUCACAAUGACGACAUUGGGAUACGGUGAUAUGGUGCCAGAAACGAUUGCGGGAAAAAUAGUGGGUGGUGUAUGCUCACUCAGCGGAGUAUUGGUAAUAGCCUUGCCUGUGCCUGUAAUUGUCAGUAACUUCAGUCGAAUUUAUCACCAAAAUCAACGUGCUGAUAAAAGAAAAGCUCAAAGGAAAGCAAGACUGGCUCGCAUCAGAAUUGCUAAGGCAUCAAGUGGUGCAGCAUUCGUUAGCAAGAAGAAAGCAGCAGAAGCAAGACUCGCUGCCGCCGAAAGUGGACUUCAGUCGGAUGACAAUUAUAAAGAAGAAGAUAUUUUUGAACUUCAGCAUCAUCAUCUUUUGCGUUGUUUGGAGAAAACUACGGAUCGAGAAUUCGUGGAGAUGGACGUGCCAUUCAAUGGAGCUCCUAAGCGGCCUGGGUCACCAUCACCACUGACCUCGCCAGCCCAUAGUACAGCUUCCAGAGGUGGACUAUUGCAGUCCUGUUGUGGUCGUUGUUAUCCUCAGCGUUAUCAGGACCUUAAGAAGCGCGGUUCCCACACCUGCGACAUGCAGGCCCUACAGCCACUUCCGGUUCCCACUACCAACACCACGCCUGCCAUGACUACUUCCGGUGGGCAGCCACCGCUUCCGGUAUCAGAGACCGCUUGAGUCCGAUCGAGCAUGAUCCACACGGAACCGCGUUGAUCUACACCUCAACUGCUCGUUUGAAUGACCAACGGCCAUCUGGCCGAACUCACGAAACACUGAUGAACAUGGGAUAAUUGAUGCAAUCAAUUCGCCGUUCAGAGCAUGAUAGAGACAUAGUACCAUCCAUCGAUGAGAGAGGAAAGAAUAGUAGCAGCUUUUUUUUUAUGGUGAAGUUUUAGGACAAAAUAAAUUUUGGGUAAAUGUUCGACCGACGAGCAUUCACCUUUGUACCUUUAUAUUCACUCAAGUCGGUAAAUAAGCCCUAGUUCUUUCAAGCGAUCAAAUGUCACCCUCCGAAUUUAUGAAUUCGUUGGUGCAAAUUUUAUUGAUAAAAUUUCGAAAAUGAAAAAAAAAAAUUGUUUCACUUGUACAUAGUUUUCUGGUUGAUAAUUAUUGUUCUACAAACGAUUUAUUGAAUUUAUAAUUGUGUGUAAUUAUUCGAUUCAAAUCAGAUUCAUAAAGCGUGUUGAAGGAGAAUAGUGCUGUUGUAUAUGAAUAUACUUUAGAAAAUGGAUUUAAAAUAUUGUGAUGAAUGAUUGGAAAAAUUUAGAAUGUAUGUCUAUUGUUAGUACUAAGAGUCUUGCAAUAAAGUAAAUUCUAAAGUGUUCCAGUAAUAACAGAGAACAGAGAAAAACUAGAAAAAAUUCAUGAUAAUGUCUGGUAAAAUGAUGAAAAGAAAGUAACAAAAAAAAACAAAUAAUAAUAAAUGUUGAUAGAGAAAAAUAAGAAUGAAAUAGAGAUUAAAUUUUUAAGGUCAUCUAAUGAUUGAGAAAUAGGCUGUAUAAAUGAAUUGGAAUAUUUUGUGAGUUGAUAAGAGCAGGAGUCCGAGUGUAUAAGUCUAACAUCAAUUGAUUCAUUGAUAUAAAAUAAUUAGUAAUAAAUUAUGAAUCAUAAAGUGCUCGUAGUACCUUGCGAUUAAAAUUAAACGAAAAACCGAUACAUGAAAUCGGUGAUGGACAAGUGUGCAUGCACCCAUGACAUUCUCUUUUGCUAACCUGUUGCUUCCUAUAUUUUCGAGAAAUUGUUGAAUUCACUGGGAACUUUAAGCACAUCUUGCUUUGUUUCACGUUAAAUUUUUCUUUGUUCUUAAAUAUUUCUCUCAAUUAUUCUUUUGCUCAAAUUAUCAGCAACCAGAUUUUUAAAAAGAAAAAUUGAACAAACAAUAAUAACAGCUACAAUAAUAUUUCCAAUGAUGAUAAUAAGAUGAUAUUGAUAAUAAUAAUGAUAGUUGUAGUAGAAAAUGCAAUUGUAAUUUUAAAAAUUCAGAGAAUAACAAAUUUUUGGAUAACGAAAAUAAAUUAUUUGUGUACAAGGUCAGGAGAAAAAAGUGGAUUUCAACACUAAAAUAAAUCUUUCAAUAGUUAAAAAUGUUUUCACUAGAUUUUACAUGAUGCUAAAUUGAAAAGUUGUUAAAAAAAAAAAUAAAAUUAAAAAUUAAUCUCUUAAAAAUACACGUUGUUUCGGUUAAAAUAAAUUUUUCAAAUGUUCUAUCUCUUUCACAAAAGUCAUGCUGUUUUUUGCAAAGUGUUAUUCAUUAUGAAACAUUCCAAAGAGGAAUGAAAAAGGAAAAACACAACGUUUUACAGAAAUUAUUAUAUGAGCUGGAGACAAAUUCGAUGUAAUCACAUGAAGUUUAAAUGAAAAGUUAGAUGAAAAGGGAAACACAGCAAAACGAUGAGUAGUUAGUUUACUUCUUCGAUGUUGUGAUUGUAGUUAUGUAUAAAGCAAAAUAAUUAUAAGUAAUAGGAAAUAAUUUAACUCAUCUACGAAUGAAUCUGAGUAUGAAAUGAGUGCUCGAUUGUAUAAAAAAAAAAAA